AUGAAGUUCAACUCCACAACCCUCGUCUGCCUCCUCGCCGUCUCCGCCUACGCCUCACCCCUCCUUUCCCGGCACGAAAACCAAAAGGCUGAAAAGCCAGCAGCAUGUGCAGUGCAAGCUCCAAAGGCUACCAAUGCUGGCGCCAAAGCUGUCGAAGCCCCAAAGGCUGUUAAAGCCCCAAAGGCUGUCGAAGCCGCCAAACCUGCCGAAGCCGCCAAUCCUGCCGAAGCAUGCAAAGCUCCAAAGGCUACCAAUGCUGGCGCCAAGGCUGUAGAAGCUCCCAAGGCUGUUGAAGCCGCCAAGCCUGCCGAAGCAUGCAAAGCUCCAAAACUAUCUGAAGGUGCAGCAAAUCCAGCCAAAAAUGCUACUGCACCAGCGGACACCGCUGAGCCAGCUAAAAACGGAACGGCAACCGGAGAUGCAACGACUGGUGCUGCUGUGCUUCCUGAUGGAAGGAUUGCUCAAGACGCGGUGCCUGAAGACUUCAAUGUUUUGGCGAGUAAAUUCAAGAGUGCUGUUGUGAAGGGAGAUGGCCUUGUCUUCAGUGACAUUAUUGCAUUCCCGGACGUUACUCAGUCACUUUUCGACGUUGCCACAAAUACAAAAGCUUUCUCGGUAUCCAUCGACGACAAAUCCAUAUUCGUCCCUAAGGGCGGCGCUCCAGAUGCGCUAGUUCGCCGCGCCGACCUCCUCCCUAGUAUCGCCUCCACACUCAACAACGUCGCCACCACUGGCAAGAAGACCAUGCACUUCUCCUUCCAAGAAUCCACGGCCUCGCCCCUAGAUCUCACGCACGACUACCAAGUCGCUUUCCUCGAGACGGCCGACUUCGCUACGCACCAGUUCGAUGUCCGAGUUGGCAAAGUCGUAGACGCUGCGGCGGGAUCUCCCGGUGCUGACGGUACGAAUAUCGUCGUCAAUGGGAAUAACAAGAACGCGGCUGGCGUUCAGACGCUAUUUUCCACUCCAUUUACGGCAGGUUUCCAUAACUUUGCGCUUGAGAUGGAUUUUGAUCAGAAUACGAUCCAAGUCUUCCACAGCACAGAGAACAAUCCCUUGGAACAAGUCACAGAGGCUCUACCCAAUGACAACUCUGGAAACGGUGAGUACCACUUCGGAGUCCUGAAGAACCCACUCGCUGGUCAGCAACCUCCGAUCGCUACCUCUGAAGCCGUGGUAUUCGGAGGUAUUUUCAUGCAAGAUACCGCCGCCGAAGCCGUGUUGUUGCAGUAG